CCAUGGUGACCACUGCUUGUGGACUUGAAGUUGGUCUUCAGAUCCUACCCCACUCCCUGUUUCCGCCCCCCUCUGUACCACCAAGAUGCUCGGUGUUCUCUAGGGGUGGGGGGGCUGGGGGUGCUCUUUUUCUCUUUGGAUUCAAUCAUUAUUCUGUCAUUAUUUCUGAGGGGGUGGGAGUGGGGGCGGGGGACGGGGACAGCAAGCUUGCUCCAUCCGUCCUGGAAAGCUCAGCCCAGUCUUCCGGAAAACUCCCAGUCUAACUGACCAGCCCUCAAAGACCAAAGAAGAAGGUGCGGAGGCCAUGGUGUGUGUGUGUACACGCGCGCGCUCAAGCAAAGAAUUCCUGCUCAUUAAGUGAAGAAAUGAGAUUAGGAACCCCUGAGGAAAGAGGAAGGGAAACAGCAGGGCACUUCAAAGAAUGGACAAUCCAAUUAGACACAUGGAUCCCUGGGCCAAGUGCUUGUCCUCUCCCUGGCCAAUAGAUGAGGGAGUGUCUAGCUGUCCCCUGGUCAUCUCCUCCCAGAGCCUUUAUCCCCUGGAAGCUCUUGGGCCAGACGGAACCCCAAGCAUCUAAAAGGAUGUACAUCAAAGGGGUUCAGCCAUUCCCACUCCUACCCCUGCCUCAGAACCUCAUGAAGUUCCUGGCUUUCCUGAGUCUGUUGACCCUGGUGCUGCAGGAGGCAGGGACAGCUUCUUUCCUAGGAGGGAGAGAAACAGAAGAGAGGAGCCCAGAGGAAGGUGACACUUACGCGUCCAUGCAUGUGGGGAACUAUACCCUGAGCAUAGAGGACUACAGCGAAGUCAUUGACCUGAGCAGCUAUGAGGAGCUUGCAGACUAUGGGGACCAGAUACCUGAGGUCAAAGCAAGCAGUCCGACUCUUCCAACAAGAACUAGUCCCACUAGCACCGUGGCUCCAAGGACAUUGUCACCAAACCUCACAGUGGCUGGACCUACCACCACUGGCCUGCUGAACUCCCAGAGCAGUCCUGGCCUGCCUACCUGUUUGAUCUGUGUGUGCCUUGGCUCCUCUGUGUACUGUGAUGAUGCGGACCUGGAGGACAUUCCUCCUCUUCCCCAGAUGACCACCUACCUGUAUGCUCGCUUCAACCACAUCAGCCACAUCCAGGCUGGAGACUUCAAAGGGCUGACAAAACUGAGAAGGCUCGACCUCUCUGGCAACUCCAUCUCCUCCAUCCACAACGAUGCCCUCCGUCUACUACCUGCCCUUCAAGAUCUGAUCCUUCCAGAGAACCAGCUGGCAGCCCUGCCUGUGCUGCCCAGUGGCAUCGAGUUCCUGGACGUCCGCCUGAAUCGGCUGCAGAGCUCAGGGAUACAGCCUGAGGCCUUCGUGGCGCUGGAGAAGCUGCAGUUUCUCUACCUGGCGGACAACCUGCUGGAUUCCAUUCCUGGGCCUUUGCCCCUCAGCUUGCGCUCCCUGCACCUGCAGAACAACAUGAUUGAGACCAUGGAAAGCGACACCUUCUGUGACACCAGGGAACGCAGACAUGAGCGCCGGCAGCUAGAAGACAUCCGCCUGGACGGGAACCCCAUCAAUCUGAGCCUUUUCCCAGAGGCCUAUUUUUGCCUGCCACGGCUCCCUGUGGGCCGCUUCACCUAGCUGCCACCGGUCCACUCUUCCCAGAUAGAUAGUGCUCGGAGGAUCACUGAGGGAGCACUCUCUCCCUGCACCUAGGAAGUGAUCCAUAGGCCAUGUUCCAGGCAGCCUGUGAGCCACAGUUGCAAAAUUGCACAACACGCACACACGCACACGCACGCACACACACACACACACACACACACACACACACACACACACACGCGGUGGGGGGAGGGCGGAGAGCAAGCCUUCAGUCACUGAAUUUGCAUUUCUCCCUCCUCUUUCCCUAUACCUUAUGGUCCCUGACUCAGAGCAGCCACAUCCACAGCAGAGAGAUUUCCACACUCACCACACCCAUCUUCCCACACCGAAUUCCAGGAGAACCAUGAAAGAGAGGGGAGGAAGAGGAGGCGCCGAAGGGACAGAAGCUAGGAUGGAGGGGAGGAGGGAGGGAGAGCAGAAUCAUCAGUGCUGAAGUGCUGAAGCCUGUUUUUUCUGACUAGUAGGCUGACAGGACUGCUAAUUACGUUUUUCCAGAAUUUUGCAGUUCAGUUGUUAAACACAGCCAUUAUGAAAAAUUAAAUUAUAUAACCUUGCAGCUCAAUAUAUUAUACUGAAAA